UAAAAUUUUAAAAACAUGGAGUUAACGCUAAAUGGCGUCGGACCAUCGAUGUGAUAAGAAUUUUGAGAACUUGAAAAAUUUCGGAAUUUAUCAACGUUUUGCCCCUAAAGUUGAAUUUUACUUCUUCAUGCGUUGAAAAUAAUAGAAUUAAUUCAACUUCAUUCAUUUUAUCUAUCACUAUUGAGCCUCAACUUCUUUACAUAUUCCAAAUUUAGUGCAUUUAAAUGUUCGACUUAUUGAUUUGAAGCGCCGGUGAAAGAACACCAUUCAUCCGCAUGAUUGAAAACAAUUAUUGAAAUCAUUCCGGAAUUCGGUUUCAUUUCGGCUAUUUUUAUUCAAUAUCUUUUGAACAAUCAUGUCAAUCAAACAGUGUGUAAAUCUCCUUCGUGGAUUGAGCAUUAAUUCUUACAAAACAACCAUUCCUAUCAGCUGUCGAUUAGUUCACACCACAUGUAGAAGACUCGAUUUGAAUGAAUUUUUCGAAGACCCAAAAAAUUGGAGUAAAGAGGAAAUAAAAGUUGGUAGAUCAUGGAGAGUCGCUGAGCUUCGUUUAAAAAGCAAUGAAGAUUUGCAUAAAUUAUGGUAUAUUCUACUGAAAGAAAAGAACAUGCUGUUGACCAUGGAGCAUCACUGUAAAGAAAACUAUACUCUGUUUCCGAACCCCGAAAGAAUUGACAAAGUCGAAGAAAGUAUGAGCAAUGUAGAAACAGUGGUUCGUGAAAGAAACAAGGCGUACUAUCAAUUAGAAACAGGAGAGACCGGCGAACGUCCUGGAAAAGUUAUACACGAUCCGAUCGGAAUGAAACAUUGGAGAAAUUUAACCCAGCAUGUUAUACCAAAAUGGAACAAUAAAUUUUUCAAUCUUUACAAUCCUCAAGGCUACGAUCCGAAUGAAGUUGAACAGUUUCACAAGUUGUUUAAAGAGAAAAAUGCGAGAGAAAUCAGAAGUGGAAAGAAAAAAGAAAGACGAUACGUACGAGCCUUAUUACGACGUUUCCCGAACCUCGACAUCGCCUAUCUCAAAGAACAAUAUCCUCAUUUCAAUUUUGAAAGAGAACUUGACUCAAGUAGGGUCCAUGGUCAUUUUGAGAAGAGAUUAGACAUCAAGAAGAACUGAUUUGUUAUGUUCAUGCCUUGUUAUGUAAUUUUUUAAAAUUUUGGUUGGAUUUUAAAUGCAGUAUAUUUGAUACAAUAGUUCAA